CGCAAUGUGCUGCAGCUGCCGCUAGCCUGCAGGCAGCGAAGUACGUAUAUAUUCCACCCCGCGGCAUCUGGCAACGCUCACUUCGCUACGCCCUUGUCGAGAUUCGCUAUUGUCGCCCACUGCUAAGUCACGCCUGCCCAGUUCGAAUCGGCCUCCAGCAUAGCAAAACUCUCCGGCGCUGCCAAUAUACCUAACCCACGUCGUCACCACCAUGGAGAACGAGCCCGGUGAUGACUACAUCAGGCGCACUGCCAGCUACAUCAGAACGCACGAGCAGGGUCUUGCUGCCGCUGCUCUCCCUCGCAGACGACGUGCCAAAGUCGCGUCUGAGCCCUCAUAUCUCAACCCUUUAGGCUGGUUCGGCACCGACAGCACGGCACCUUCGACGGCGAAGCCUGUCAUUCUGACGUUCGACUUUCACCACCUAUUCUACCUCUUAAUGCGUCUCGAAGCCUUGGGUAUUGAUAUAGGGUCGUUGGACGUCCGAACGGACACCCCAUCGAGGCCAAUGAACUAUAUCAACAUCUUCCCUGGAUCUGACAAGUCAGACGCCCUCUCCCUGUUGUCGUUUCGCUCCUCGCUUUCUGCUGUUUCCCGUCUCUCACUGGGUGCCGGCUGGUGGGGCAGAGCGCCUCCACCAAAUGUGGAUGCGGAGCUGAAGUACAUCUUCAGCUGUUUCACGAAGCUGCCCGCGCUGCGCCUGCAUGCACCAGAAGCCAAGCUCAUCGCGGAGCUGGCGAACGAGUCGCCAAACGAGAAUGCUCUACCGCUCGAUGCAUUCAAGAGUCUGGAGACAUUGCAGUGCAUCAAUAUCGACCCGCGUACGCUCCUUGGCUGGGAUCGGCUCGCGGAGUCUCUACGCAGCCUCUCGAUC